AUGGAAAAUUCGACACCUAGCGAACUGAAAAUGUCUAUGAAAUGUGGCAUUGCUGGUGAACGGUAUAAUUUAAAUUUGUUGUCGGCCGUCAAGAAAUCGCUAGGAUCACGUCCUCUAUUUAAGUAUAAAGCGUAUGGUCAGACUUGCGCGGAUGCAGCAGAUGUAUUGAAAUAUGCUGGUCCCCUAGAAUCUGACCGCAAGUCUGAACAGUUACAACACGAAAUUUCUUCAGAGAUGCAGAGAGGACUACCCUCUAGACUAUCUCCAACCGUUAUUCAUGGUUUAGAUUCGACUAUGGUAGACGCUGCAAAACUUUUGGCAAAAGUGGGAACAGAAAAUGCUGAAGCUUUAGAUCAUUUGGGUAAAACCAUGAAAGAGGAAGGAGAAGCACCACUUGGUCAACUUCAAGACUAUCAUCAAAGUUAUAGUGAUGGUGCUCCGAGAAGUACUAAAGCUGUACCAGGAACUUGUUCAUCAAUAGCUAUAUCUGGUGCCGGUAAGGCAUCUCUUCCCUCAUUUUUGUCUAAAAUUAAUGGCAAGAGCACAUUAGGCGAAGACGAAACUCAUCGUAAAAGAGAUAAAAACGGAGCUUCCCAGAGAAGAGAUGAAGACAAAGCACGGACAAGAGACGAAGAAGAAGUUCGCCGCAGAAGAGAUGAAGAAGAAAAAAAGCAAUCAGUCGAAGCCAACAAACGGAUACUUCCUGCUCUUGAUCAAAUUGAUCCGGAGCAUGAAGCGACGACGAAAAUAUUACGCCAACAACUUUGUGCUAAAGGGGGUGAAGUGUUUUACAAACAACCUCAUCAAUCAUUGUCACAUGCGCAGGCCUCGGAAUGGUUAUCAGAACCACCACUGAAGGUGGACAAAACAGUGAAGGAGUCAAGCGAUACAACACGACUCCACAGGAAGUUUGAAAGGAAAUUAAGUACAUUAGUCAGCAAGCAUACGCCACCACAAAUGUAUGAUGCAAUGCAAGAUGUCAUAAUUGAGUCUUCCAGACAACUUUCAGAGUACUUUGUUUCUGGCAAUUAUAAAGCUCUUGUACGCGAAGCUCUAAUAUCAGAAAUGCAAAAGCGAUGCAACGAAAUUGUUAUUGAAGUAAACAGCGCUACUGAAACAUACUUCUACGCUGCACAAAGGUUAAAGAUGGCAAAGAUAUUGGAAGCCAAAGAGCCGUGUGAUCAAGUGGCGUAUUAUCUUAAUAAAAAAUUGAACUAUAUGAUCCGAUGUCGCGCUAUUGCACGCAAAUUAAUAGCAACAAUGAAAGACCAUAUCAAAGAUGCAGCAAAUUAUUUGUCGGAACUAGUGACAAAGCCAAACGAAAAAAUUGAAGCUUAUGUAUCACUACUGGGAGAAAUGGAAGCUGCGGGUGAUGCACUUCUUAUUGAAGGAGAUAUACCGAAAUCUUAUAAAGACACCGCCGUCUAUCUCCGGCAGCUGACGUCAUUCGAUGAUAAAAUCAAUCGACCGAAUAAUAAUUUACAAUCGUCAACAGUAACAAAGCUAAAGCAUAUUAUGUCCAAUGUAACUAACACUGGUUAUACUCAAUCAAUACUGAACGGAGUAAUAACGGAAUCCACCCGUUUGUUAGUAUCCUACGUUAUGCUUCAAGGUGAGAAAACUGAAGCACUCAAGAUAUUAAUCGAACAGAUGGACAGAGCCGGGAAAACUGUUCUCUUGAGACAUGGUAGCAUGCGCAAAUCUUAUGCGGAAGGCGCUGAAAUGUUACGACGAAAGAAUUCAGAUCAACUCGAUGUAUCCAACACAGAUCCAGUAGUAUCGAGAAAAAUACAAAUAAAGUUAAACAAUGUCAUGUAUGGAAAUACACCAGAAAAAUAUCAGUCUGUAAUUGAUGAUGUCAUAGAAGACGCUACAAUGUAUUUAGCUGUUCAUUUCUUGCAGCCACAAAUUAUCCGAGUGUGCAAAUGCAUGAAGAAUGUUUUUGUACAAUGCGAGUUAUGGUGCCGCGUCGCUCGGCCAUGCUGCACAUGUUCCAGGCAUUUUUCCACUCAAGCGUUAGCCGACAUAGCACCAUCGCAACAUAUACAUAUAAAUCCUGGAACAUCCCGAGCAUUUGCUCCUGGACUUGAAAUCUCACUCACACAAUGUCCUUCCAAACUCAACAAAAAUUCCACACGUGGAGAUAAAACAUUUUGUCCUGCAAGGAAACCAACAAGCGGAUGUGAACAAAAAGCCACUACGUCGUAUCUUCUUUACACAACUACCAAAGAAGCAUUAUCGUGUCAUGGUAACCCUACAAGACUUGCUCAGACGCCUAAUCAUAAUUCAUCACAAAAAGUAAUAUCCCGAGAUAUAAUACCGCUACAAACAAUGUUCGAACGAAAUUUACAACAACUGCAAGGCUCCCCUGAUGCUGGGAAUCUAGCGGUAACGGAUGAUUCCUCGCCAGAUUCUUCUUAUACACCUCUAACUACGAACACUUCAGAAACAUCAGGAGACUCUAAAGCUCCAUUUUGGCAUGCCCCUACAACUAUGUUUGCUAAAAUACAUACAAACAUGAAUGUACAAGCUCAACCAGCUUCAACUUUUGCAACACAAGAAUGUAGUCCAACGCCAAGAAAAACAAGUCGGACUAAACCUGCGUUCCAUUCCAGUAAGCAAACUAAUUUUUUAAAGGGUAUACGUAGUUCGUGUGUUUAA